UGAUAUUUGCCCUAUGCCCACGCUCGUGCGGUCAGGUACCGCCCCCUUUUGGCAAGCGACUCCGGUGAAGGUGGAAGAUGGCUGCGCUGGUCGCUGCAGUCGCACGGCGUCAAUCUUUCCGUGCAUUUGGGCUAAGUCGUCGCGUUUUGUUAAGAAACAUGAGCAGCUCAUAUCUGGUCGACAGCGACGAUUCCAAGUAUGCAUUUUUGAAAGACCUUGGUCUGCAAACUGUGAAUGAUGGAGUGUACAACGGAAAAUGGGGAGGCCGAGGCGAGAUCGUGACGUCCAUCUGCCCGGCCAAUAACCGGCCGAUCGCCCAAGUGCGUACGGCCAGCGCCGAGGACUACCAGGAGACGGUGGAGGCGGCGCGCGCCGCCUGGCGCACCUGGGCCGACGUGCCGGCGCCCAAGCGGGGCGAAGUGGUGCGCCAGGUGGGCGACGCGCUGCGCCGCUACCUCGACCCGCUCGGCCGGCUCGUCUCCAUCGAGAUGGGCAAGAUCGUGCCGGAGGGCAUCGGCGAGGUGCAGGAGUACGUGGACAUCUGCGACUACGCCGUCGGUCUGUCGCGCAUGUUCGAGGGCAAGGUGAUCCCGUCCGAGCGGCCGAACCACGCUCUGCUCGAGUGCUACAACCCGCUGGGCGUGGUCGGCGUCAUCUCGGCCUUCAACUUCCCCUGCGCCGUGUACGGCUGGAACAGCGCCAUCGCCAUGACGUGCGGCAACGCCGUGAUGUGGAAGGGCGCGCCAACCACGCCGCUCAUCUCCGUGGCCGUCACGCGCAUCGUGUCGCGCGUGCUGGAGAGCAACGGCCUGCCGGGCGCCGUCUGCUCGCUGGUGCAGGGCGGCACCGAGAUCGGCAAGCUGAUGGCGGCCGACGAGCGCGUCAACCUGCUCUCCUUCACCGGCAGCACCGCCGUCGGACGUCAGGUGGCGCUGGACGUGCAGGCGCGCUUCGGCCGCUUCCUGCUCGAGCUGGGCGGCAAUAACGCGCUGCUGGUGGACGCCGACGCGGACGUGACGAUGGUGGUGCGCGCGGCGCUGUUCGCCUGCGUAGGUACGGCCGGCCAGCGCUGCACCACCACCCGACGGCUGGUGCUGCACGAGGCCGUGCAUGACCAGGUGGUGGCCGGCCUGGUGAAGGCGUACGCCCAGGUACGCAUCGGCGACCCGCUGGACGACGGCACGCUGUACGGGCCCAUGCACUCGCGCCAGGGCAUCGAGGCCUACCAGCAGGCGGUGGCCGAGGCGGUGCAGCAGGGCGGCAAGGUGGAGUACGGUGGCAAGGUGCUGGAGCGGGAGGGCAACUACGUGGAGCCGACCAUCAUCACCGGUCUGGCGCACGACGCGCCCGUCGUGCAGCGCGAGACGUUCGCGCCCAUCGUGUACGUGCUCAAGACCAAGUCGAUGGACGAGGCCAUGCAGUGGAACAACGAGGUCAAGCAGGGCCUCACCAGUGCAUUGUUCACGAAGGACCUUGGUACCAUCUUCAAGUGGCUCGGCCCCAAGGGCUCCGACUGCGGCAUCGUCAACGUCAACAUCCCGACGUCGGGCGCCGAGAUCGGCGGCGCGUUCGGCGGCGAGAAGCACACGGGCGGCGGCCGCGAGUCCGGCUCCGACGCCUGGAAACAGUACAUGCGCCGCUCCACGUGCACCAUCAACUACGGCUCCGAGCUGCCGCUGGCGCAGGGCAUCAAGUUCGAGUGACGCGUCGGGCCGUCGUUGCUGGGGAUGGGGCACGCGCCGCCCGCGGCCGUCACCGACCGUUUUGUAUCGACUCAAGGAGAAUUAUGUCGGGUAAGGAGCUUUUGUAACGCAGGUGCUGUGGAAGGGUGCUUUGUCCGGCACGCCACGACAUUAGUAUUUUUGCAACGUUUUCGCCAGGUUUUUGCCGUUGCAUUUCGAACGUGACGCAUGAGGACGCGCGAUCGGUCAGAUCUGAGCAUUAUGUACAGCCGAUUGCGUGGUGGCUGAGGGGUAUCUUCAUGGGCCCAGAGAAGCGUGAGCCCCUCCGAGUCAGCUAGCCCGACACCAGGUGGGUGCCGGGAAUUGUAUCACAAGUCACGUGCCAUGCACUCGAUGCAACUGUGGAAGAAAUAAACUUUAAUACGUGC